AUGCUGUCUACUUUCUUUGGUAGUUCUUGCUCUGUUGAAAUUGCUCUAGAUAGAGAAGGCAGAAAAUGCACUUGGCUGUCGAAGGAGAGGAAAGGAGAAAAGCUGCCAAUUUACAGUGACGUUGAGGAUGUCGUUGGAGCAGCCGUGCUGAAUUUAAAAACAGGAAAAAAGUUAGAGCACAAUGGAAUUAAAGUGGAGUUGGUGGGACAAGUAGACAUGCUAUACGAUCGCAGCAGCACCUAUGACUUCUUCUCCAUCUCGAAAGACCUCGAGCCCCCCGGUUUGCUACUUGAAAGCAAAAAGUACAAGUUCAAGUUCAACGCCGUUGACAAAACCCACGAAACUUACUCAGGCCUUAACGUACGCCUUCGUUAUUUCGUUAGACUGACCAUUCACAGGAAUUAUGCAAGCAUUGUCAAAGAGCACGACUUCAUCGUACAGAAUGUGGGGCCUCCACCGGAAAUUAAGAAUUCUAUCAAGAUGGAGGUGGGCAUAGAAGACUGUUUGCACAUCGAGUUUGAGUUCGAUAAAAGCCGUUAUCAUCUCAAGGACGUCGUCAUUGGAAAGGUGUACUUUGUGUUGGUUCGAAUCAAAAUCAAAGACAUGCAACUCGACAUUGUCAAAACAGAAACUGCAGGCACAGGAGCAGCUGCGGUGACGGACUCGGAAACCCUUUCUAAAUUUGAAAUCAUGGAUGGUGCCCCGAUCCGCUCUGAGUGUAUCCCCGUUCGUCUGUAUUUGAGCGGGUUGGAUUUGACGCCGACUUACAAAAACGUGCAGAACAAAUUCUCCGUUCGUUACUUUCUCAAUCUUGUGCUUGUUGAUGAAGAAGACAGAAGGUAUUUCAAGAAGCAAGAGAUUAUUCUGUGGAGGAAGAAAAUAGGGUGA